CUGAGGCGAAGGAGUUGGAUCAAUGGAUAGAGCAGCUGUACGAAUGUAAGCAACUUUCAGAAACUCAAGUAAAAACCCUCUGUGAUAAGGUGGUUACUUUUUCAAAAUUACUUCCAGCCAAAGAGAUACUCACAAAAGAGUCCAAUGUUCAGCAUGUCCGAAAUCCGGUGACAGUUUGUGGUGAUGUUCAUGGUCAAUUCCAUGAUCUUAUGGAAUUAUUCCGGAUUGGAGGAAAGUCACCAGAUACCAAUUAUUUGUUUAUGGGUGACUAUGUUGAUCGAGGCUACUAUUCCGUGGAGACAGUCACUCUCCUGGUUGCCCUCAAAGUUCGAUUUCGCGAUAGGAUCACUAUUUUGCGAGGAAACCAUGAGAGCCGUCAGAUUACCCAAGUGUAUGGAUUUUAUGAUGAAUGUCUUCGAAAAUAUGGCAAUGCAAAUGUAUGGAAGUUUUUUACCGAGCUUUUUGACUAUUUACCUUUAACGGCUCUUGUAGAUAACUCAAUAUUUUGUCUCCACGGCGGCCUUUCUCCUUCAAUUGACACACUCGAUCAUAUACGGGCAUUGGAUCGUAUUCAAGAGGUACCACACGAGGGUCCAAUGUGUGAUCUACUUUGGUCCGACCCAGAUGACAGGGGUGGUUGGGGCAUAAGUCCUCGAGGGGCUGGUUAUACUUUUGGUCAGGAUAUUUCUGAAAGUUUUAAUCACACUAAUUGCUUAAGUCUGGUCAGCCGAGCACAUCAAUUGGUGAUGGAAGGAUUCAAUUGGUGUCAUGACCGAAACGUGGUGACUAUAUUCUCCGCCCCUAACUACUGCUAUCGAUGUGGAAAUCAAGCCGCCAUAAUGGAGCUGGAUGAUAGCCUCAAAUAUACUUUCCUUCAAUUCGACCCGGCCCCGAGACGCGGCGAGCCCCACGUUUCUAGGCGUACACCGGAUUACUUUUUAUAA